CCCAACUCUAUUGCUUCGGUCCCCCACGAGUCGUCCAUCUUGGUUUCUGUUUUAUCCGCUGUCCUCGGUCCGGAGCAUGCCUGAUCCUGUCUAACCCCGCGAUUCAGGUUUCAUUUAAUUGUGUCUUGAGCCGCCCAUUCCAGAAGCCCGCAGAACUUCCCCUCCCUUUCUUUUCUCCCUGGACGCGCCCCGGAGCUUAUUCCAACAUUUCUUACCGCCGCUGAUUGCCGCUGCCUUGGCAUCGGUUGAGGACAGCUCGAGAAGCUUGUGUGAGACACCCGCCUACCCCCACCAGAGACUGCGAUCGAUCGAUCAAAACAACUUCCACCGCCCGAGAGCGAUAUCCUCGCCGGGACCAAAGACAAAAAGAGAGAUUGAGAAAGAGAGAAAAAAGGGAAAUGUUGAGAAUGUUUUACAACAUGAGCGGCCUUGGAGGGCUGCUUCUUGUGGUUAUCGUGCUUAUGGCAUUGGUCUUUGCCGCAUCCAGAUUCGACUUUAUUUUGACGUCGGGCAAAGACAAAGAUGGGGACUACGGUGGCGAGGAGGAUUCGACAUAUGCUUUUUAUGCGUCCAAGAGGAGAAGGGCUUCUAGCGUGAAGCGGGUUACAUUCGAUAUCUGACACUCGGUCCCGCGGGAUAUGGGGAAGUAUCAGAUGCUCGCAGCCUUCAAGGCUAGGUUUUGAAACGGCAGGUUGUCGGCACUGCCGUCUUCUCGCAUUCGACGACGAUGGAUGAAAUUGACAUAGCGAGAGGCUCGGCAGAAAUCAUUUGGUCAGUUCGCUCAUUAAGUGUUUUCUUUUGUAAUGAUUCACGAGUCUGGGUGGAUUUGAUUUUAGACAUGGAAUAACUGGAGUUUUCUUUUCUUUUUCUUUUUCUUUUUUUGGGACGUGGCGCGCCCAUCGGGGACGCCAUGGUUUUCUGUAUCAUGCUCGCGUUUGGGUACUGGAAUUUUGUCACACAAACUUUACUCGCUAUGUUUUCUACGUGAGCACUGUAUAAGUGUAUCUACAUCAAGCAUCGUUGCUCCAAAUCGCUAUUGUAUCCUGUCCUCAUUCACUACACGUGAACGUAACAACUCCCGGUAACGAUAUUUCCAAUGUUUAGUGCCGGCGAAGAGCCUUACUAGUAGUUUUGCGACACUGGUAAGCCCCUACAGGUCGCCGGUGUGUUCUUCCACAUCAGCCCCUGUUAUCAAGAGCCCAAUGCUGGUUGCGAAUACGACCUAGGCAUGUUUCAUGGUCAUCAGUUCAACUGAAGGCCUAGAAGCUGGCGUUGGCCGCUCUUCCUGUCGCCCCCGCGGUGGGAUUUGUGGAAUAUCCACCACCUUCAUUCAUUCUUGCACCGGGGCCCGGAUGUAAUUUCCUCGGUAUUUUCAUGGUUUACUCAGUUGAGCUGAUUGGAAGUGAGUCGCAACACAGCACACUAGAAAGAAGUCACUGUCUG